AAACACGUGGAUAUGUGCUUGGCCCCGUUGGUGCUCUUCUGGAUUUUGAAUCCAAGAGUCGCCAAGAUCUGAGCGCGGUGAAUCCAUGCACUACUGCGUAGAUGCAAAUGAAGACCUUUGGUGCCAGUUGGUUUCGAGGCUGGAGCGACUUUGGCGUCGAAUGCUGCCAAGAGAGCGCCUCGUGUGUUCUUCAGGGCUGGGACGCGAUGAAGGAAGGACGGAGGCACCUGGACGUGAACUGUCACAGUGGAGACGCUCGGAAACCUCUCCUCUGCCAUCUCUACCUCCCUCUUUUACACUCCUCCCGCCGGAGUUGCUUCAUUGGUAUCUUCGCGAACGUGAAGAGAGGAUCUAGCGUUGUCUCUCUACCCUCCCUAGACCGUUGCCUCGUAGGCUACCACUCGUUUAGCCUGCCAUUAUAGUCAAGAUGGGACUCGCUCCGCUCACAACGACGGUCACCGCUCUAGCGCCGCGAGAAACCGAUGAUCACGAUGGCACGCCUCCCGCCGGCUCCUUGACCACGAUAUGGUCUGCUUCGCCAGGUUGUUACCCGGUAUCUACCUCGCCCACGGUAGACAUCGACCAAUUUUGGUCAUCACGUACACAAUGCGGACCGCCUGGCUACAUUAGCUACUUCGAUAUAUACUACUACUCACCCGCCAUCUGUCCCAGCGGAUUUACCGUCGGAUGUUCGCGAUAUGGAUCCUUUCAGGGCCCUCCGGUGGAGCCUACGGAAACAGCGAUGCUUUGCGUCAUGAGUGGCUACUUCUGCACGCCAGGUAGCUGGAACUAUUACGCGACCAAUACAGAGCUGUCGGAUGCGCAGAUAAUGAUCCAGAUCCGCUGGGCUGAAAGUGAUCUGUCGAUCUUGGAAACCCACCCCCUGACGCCCGGGUUGAAGUUGGUCGGCGUAGGCUCGGGCAGUGGGACGGAAACCGGGCAGCCGACUGACCCGACUGUGCCUGUAAUCGAGAACACGGGAGACGAGGGUGGUCUGUCUACCGGGGCGCAGGUUGGAAUCGGCGUUGGUGUGGGCUUGGCUGGCCUUCUUGCCAUCGGACUCGCCCUCUUCUUCAUUUUGCGGUACCGGAAGAAGAAGCAGGCGGGGGAGAAUGUCGCGCAAAAACCUCUUCCCGGCCAGUACCCAACCCAGCAGUAUCCGUUCACCCCCGGACCGGGUCAGCCGGGGCAGCCAGGUCUUCAAGGAUAUCCGUCGUACCCCGGAUACACCGCGUAUGUCGACCCGAAUACUGGCGUCGUCUCGUAUUACUCGUCUGUCCCUCAAGCUACGGAGAUGGGCGAUAGCGCGGCUCCGGGGUCGACCGUAGUUCAGAGCCAGGGCACGCCCUCCGUCGCGGGGUCUCAGUCCGCGCCCGCACCUAGGCGGGAAUCUAUGUUUUCCGUGCAGUCGACCCCCCCGGCAGCCAACCUCCCGGGCGAUUACCCGCGGCCCUCCCCCGUCGCCGGGGAGCUCGAUACAACGGCCCCGGCGCUGGCCGAGAUGCCGGGAAGCGAAGGAGCUGCCCUGUCUUCCGUAGGAGGCGCGGAUAACUUGCAAGCGCAGCAGGAGAUGGCCUACCUGAUGGCCGAGCAGGCAAAACUAGACGCGAGGAGGACGCGGCUGAUGGAAAUGGCAGAGCUCGACGAAGAGGAACAGCGGAUACGGACGCGGAUGCAGCAACUCCAACAGACGCAAUGACGGAUUUCCGGGCCGAUCGCGGGACCGAGGACUCAUCAGCGAUGCCGGAUGUG